UACAAAAAACUGUGGAACAAUCUCCCUCAAAAUAUUCAGUCUGCAAGAUCGGUUGCCAUCUUUAAGAAAGCUUUGUCAUCAGAAGAUUACGUUGUCAUAACCUUGUUUAAUUUCGGAACAAGAGCAUUACAAAUUAUACAUUGCAGAUUGAGACACAAUAAAAGUGAGGUAAAAGCACGUAAAUUCCAAAUGUUUAUUUCAGAUAACUUGUCCUUCUAG